UUGAGAAUACAGAGAUGUAGAUGUGUUGCUUCUUCCUGCAGGAUAAUGUACCGGGAGCUGAAGGACUCGGACAAAGAGAAGGAGAGCGGGAAGACGGAUUUAUGUGAGCACAGUCUAAGUAUUUCGGGAGGUCGUUCUGGCGGCCAGAGCCCGAGCUCGCUCUCGGCCAAUCAGAGCAGUGAGAUCCUGUGCGUGGCACGGGAGAUGGCGCAGGCGAAGGCGGGCUGCAGCCAGAACGCCUGCGGGGUCGAGGACGUCCUGCAGCUGCUGCGCAUUCUCUACAUCAUCGGUGGAGACGGCGCCUCCAACGCACGCACUCUGCAGGAGGGUACAGACUCACCUAAUACACGCUAA